GCGGUUGUGACAGGAAGGAAGGAAGGAAGGAAGGAAGGAAGAUGAAGGGCUUUAUAGCAACCAUCACGUCACUAGCAACAAUAACCGUCAUCCUGCACACACAACCAACCCAAGCAACCUACCUAACAUCAACCAACCACGACCUGCUCUCGGCCUUCACCUGGGCUAGCCUGGACCUCCCGCACCCUGGGGUAGACCUAUUCACCCCGGGGGAGGGUCUGGGACUCUCCCCCGUUCAGACUAAGCUGGCGGAGGGGAGGAGAAGGAAGAGACGGCAGAUCUUGUUUGAGCCGGGGAAGGAAUAUGAACCGAUUUUUAUUGAGGUGGAGGCUCGGGUGAUCGUGCCCAUGUUCCAGGUGUUCGAGGGCAACAACAUGAACUUCGAGGUUCCUUACGUGUACGAGAUGCCCUGGCCACAGCUGCUGAGGCGUAGCGGAGAGAUGGAGUGGCAGAACGCGGUGGGCGGCAUGCUGCGUGACCUGGAGGACAUGAUAACGAUGUUUGGGGUUGACGGGAGUGGGUGUGUGCGCCGCGCCCUGUGUGAGGUGGCCACCCUGCCCCCCCUACGCCCCCAGGGGAUCAUGGGGGAGAUGCUGGACAUAUUCGUGAGGGGGAUGGGAAACAGCACAGAUGAAGCCGAGCCAAACGAAAUCUACAAAGAAGAAGAAGAAGAAGAAAUGGAAGAACUAUACGACGAGGAAGAGGAAGAGGAGGAGGAAGGAAGAAUAACCACAACAAACACCACAAACACACACACAAACACACGCACAAACACACAAACAGAAAAAGACAAGGAGGAGGAGGAGGAGGAAUUAAACAGGAAAACAUCGAAUAGGAGAAAGGAAGGAGACGAGGAGAAGGAGGAAGAGGAGGAGAUGAUGAUGAAGAAGAGGAGGAGGAGGAGGAGGAGGAGGAGUCCCAUCGACAACAACAGCAACAACAACAACAACAACAAGAAGAUGGACUAUAUGAGCGCUGGAACAUAUGGAAAGCUGGAUGGUGACUGCGCAAGAGCUUUUCCAGAGUGCCCUGUCUCCCUCCUCGACUCCCUGGCUGCCUCCCCCUUCUUCUCCUCCUCCUCCUCCUCCUCCUCCUCGGAAUACCCUGAAUCCUCCUCCUCCUCCUCUUCUUCUUCUUCCUCUUUCUAAGUUGGGUAGGGAGGGAUGUGUGUGUGUGUGUGUGUGUGUGUGUGUGUUUCGUCUUCCUCCUCCUCCUCCUCCUCUAUGAAAUGCGAGGAGGAGGAGGAGGAGGAGGAGGAGGAGGAGGAAAGAGAGGCUGGAAUGUGUUUUUAUCUAUCUUUCUAUCUAUCUAUCUAUUUAUUUAUUUAUUUAGUUCUAAGUUAAUUUAUUUGUAAUUUAUUGAAGGUAUUAAUUUUUGUUUGUUUGUUUGUUUGUUUGUUUAUCAAGAAAAGCGGGUAAGCCAUUUUGCUCUCUCUCUCUCUCUCUCUCUCUCUCUCUCUCUCUCUCUCUCUCUCUCUCUCUCUCUCUCUCUCUCUCUCUCUCUCUCUCUCUCAUACAACCACCAUCAUAGUAUUUAUUAACCAAUUUCAAGCGGCAAUUACAACCAUAUAUCACAAACUUCAAUAUACUUUUACAACCAUAUAGUUAACACACAUAGAAACACACAAUAAAACCAAUGUCAAUGUUAAGUUAAGUAUAUAAGUUAUGAUAAUGGAGAGAGCAAAUUCUGAAUACUGGAAACUCGAUGGAAAAUCUAUGGAAAUAAAAUGCUUGAACUGUG